AUGGUAGGAAUAUCUGCUGCCAUCGUUCAAUUUGUUGACAUUGGACUCCGUACCUAUUUGAAACUAGAUCAAUUUUGUACCGAUAUUUGCGAUGCACCGCAGAUCAUUCAGAACCUUCAAGUAGACUUGCGUCAACAGCUAAAUAUCGCCGAGAAUAUUCACAUAAACCACCAUGCAACCCUCCAGUCAGUAACUUCGAUAGACCAGAUAGAGAUCUUGUUACUUCACUACAUAGGCCAAAUCGGGAACCUCGAGGGGCUACUCAAUGUCCUCACAAACCAAAAAACCGAUCGAUCUUGGCGUCGAGGAUGGAAGGGUAUCAAAAUAGCGAAAAAGAAAGAAGAAACUAUGGCGGUUUGUGGGCGCCUCGAGCAACACAAAACUUCUAUAUCUAUGUGGCUGGCCGAAACAGAUUUAAAGCUCUCGGCUGAAAUAAAACCAAUCGUGGACCAAACAUAUCAAGGUGUCCAACAAACACACUCUUUGGUUCAAAAGAUCGGCCAAGGCUCUUCCAACAGUACAGCAUGCAUUCAAAUGUACCCUCAAAUGAAUCGCCUUUAUCAAAAAUCAACAGAAGUCUUGGAGAAUAGCAAGAAGGUAAUAUCUAACAUAGAUCAAACCUACCAGAUUUCAGGCACUGGUUUGGUCAACACGGAAGAGAUACUCCUGCAGUCCCAAAAAAUCAACCUAGUUGCAAACAGCACGAAGGUAGAUACAGAAUAUAUUCUGCCGAAAGUUGAUGAAAUAAGUGCCAAUACUCAACUUCUCACUCAGGAAGUUCAAAACAUGAAUGCCAACUGGUCACGGAUACAUACCUUCAUUACGAGCACCCCUCUCUCAGAUAGUUAUAAAAGUAAAGAUGAGAAACUGGACCAACAGCAAAUCGGAGUCUCUCAGUAUCUCGACGCUGCUUGGAAACCAAAUAUGGAGUCCCCUCGACAGGGAGGUGGAGCCAGACCGAAAGCUCUAAUAGGAAUUUUUAGGCUUAACCUGCCACAGUGGCCUUUCGCUCGGGGUAUUGAUCUAAGCAUGCAGAUCAAGAAUUGGAAUACGAAUAGAGGACUAUCAAUUGCACCAUUCAUAUUCAACACAAGAAGGGUUGUCGACCCAAAGACAUCACCAGCUUUCCAAGCUGUUCAGGAUACGAUACAUAGAAUGAAGCGCAACAGCUUCGACCAGAGCUCAGUAUUCAUACCAUGUCUCCAAGAAGUCCUUCACAAUAUAUAUCAGAAUCAGAACGCAUCUCCUGUCGAUGAGGAUUAUAAUGGUAAUAAUUUACUACAUGAAAUCUUGUGGGUCUACAAAAGUCACCAAACGAAGGUAAGACUACGCAGCGGUUGCACACCGGGAGACGAAUAUCUCUCUCUAAUACAAUUCCUGAUGGACAGCGGGUUAAAUAGUAAUGUGAUCAGCUCUGAAUAUUCCGACGAGUCAAACAAGUGGGACUGGUGGAAUAAAACUAGACGCCGCGUCAACGGUUCUGCACUUGAUAUUUAUGUUUCCUUAAUGCUCAUUCCGCCUAUUGGAAUGUUAUCGAUAGCUGAAGAGAUUCGAAACCAAAUUAUGUUUGAUAAGUUGGUAAGCAAUGGAUCUGAAUUCACAAUGCCGUUCAACAACAUAAAGGGGAUACACUUCUAUUACUAUUUCAACACUUUUCAGGAUAUAAUGAGUGAGCUUCGUUGCUUUCCAGAGCAAGUUAAGCCUCAUGGGCAUGAGCAUCUCGUUUCCGUCAUCCUACAGCGUUCUGAUAGAGGUUUACUUCGCUCGAUAAAAGAGGCAAACAUCAACUACGCAUCUUCGCUGAAUGGACUCACAGCAUUGCACUUUACUAUUGAAUGGCCACAAGCUCGUGAGAAACUUCUUGAUAAUGGAGUAGAUGCAAAUGUUGAGGAUCACUACCAUCGUCGCCCCAUACACCUGGCGGUUGCGUUGGGCCUUUUAAAAGCUGUGAAUAUACUGAUCCAAGCAGAUUGCACUUUGGCAACAGCUAAUAGUCCAUGGGGUCCAAGUCUACUUCAAGCGUCUUUGAUGCUUUGCUCCUCAGAGUUUGACACUGUUGUGGACUCUGUUGUUUAUAUUGGCAUAGUCCAAGGAACUAUGGUAGAAGAAAUAGUGCCAGAAAUCAAGCAUGCAAUGCUUUUACAUGAAUCUCAAAUACCUAAAGCUCUGGAGUCAGAUGAUAUAUCGGUCUACAACACGACAGAUAUGCAUGCCGCGAUUAGAAUGACACCUCGUGUUGCCGAAAGAUUAUGGCAAGCCGGCUUUGUCAACAUCGAUGAUCCUGAUGCAUAUGAGUUAACUGCUAUUCUACAAAGCUGGUAUGCAGCUAAUUUUGAGAUGGUUUCCUGGUUUCUACAAAAAGGAGCAGACGAUUUCUCGGCACACGUCGAUGUAGCAUGGCAUGGUUUACAUUUCUAUGCUGCGCGGAUGGCAUACCCCGGGGCUUAUUUCAGCUCUACUAAUGGGGGGGUAUACAGUGAUACACAACAUAUAGCGAGACACCUGGCAAUAGACAAUCUAGGCCACGAUGACUGCGAUUGUUUGUGCUCGCCACGUGGAUGUACGCCAACAUCUAUUUUGAUGAAAGUAUCCCAGUUUUAUGUCCGGCCAAUUCUGGCAACAGAAAGCCUCUACCGCUCAUGGGUGAUGAAGACUAAACCAACGCCGAUGCAGCUGAAGCAAUACUCAUAUGAUUGCAUAAGAAUGAUUAUUUUCGAAUCGAUAGGAUUGACUCAUUCUUGCUGCAAACCUGACCAAUAUUGCAACCCCUGGAGAGGCAAGUAUCAUGUUCCAGAAAACUAUCAAUAUAAGAAGUCUAUACUUGAGAAAGCUUUGAAUAUGUUUGAGGAAUGCUAUCAAGCGUACCGUGGCCCUAUGGAGAUGUUUCCGUUUCGUUUAUACGAUUUCUUGUACGGACAUCCUUCACAAGGGUCUCAAGAUAAUUACGGUAUGGUGAAUUGGGAGUAA